GCCGGGCAUGUGACAAAAAUACGGAAGUGAGCACCAGAUCAGCUAGCCCCAGCCAGAGCUAGCAUGAGUGCUUCAAGCCAGCUCAUUCAACCGAAGUCAGUCGUGGCAUUCAGACAAUAACUUCAGUUCUGAGUUAAAUGCAGAGAUCUGACAAUGCUGCUUCAGUUCGUGUACAGUCAUCAGGACUUUGUCAGAGAUGUGCAUCGGAGCAGUGAGAACUAUCCUGUCAUGGCGCCUCCACCACCUACAAGCUUUGAUGUAAUCAUCCGAGAAGGCUGGGCAGACAGGAUGGACCAGGGACUCUUCCGCUACUGUCUGGGUGAUUUAGAAACUCGCAUCCUGCCAGGCCCUCAUGGGUAUGUGGCGCAGCUAAACAUUAAGCGGGGUAUAGAGAGAAGGAAGCCACAGGAGAUUCUGAGUAUUAAGCAGGAGUUUAAUCCCAGACAGUUUAAUUUUAACAAAAUUAACCCUGAUGAAAUUAUAUGUGAGAUGCUAAAGGGUGCAGAUGAAGAUGGAGAGUGGCCUCAACCCUGCAGGGUGGUUGUACUGAUCAAUGUAAGCCCACUAGAGUUUGGACAUUGUCUCUUUGUUCCACAUCCCUCACACUGCUACCCACAGGUCCUCACAAAAACCGCAAUCCGAGUAGGUAUCGAGUCCGUGCUCAUGAGCUCUCACCCCGGCUUUCGUGUGGGGUUCAAUAGUCUCGGAGCUUUCGCAUCUGUCAAUCAUUUACACCUUCAUGGGUAUUACCUAGACCAUGAGCUCAAGGUAGAAUCCAGCACAGUGAAGCUUUUGGUUCCUGAAAAAAGAUUUUAUCGCAUCAAGGAUUUCCCUGCAGGAUUUUUGUUUUACACAGAGUCAGAGGAGGUUGAGGAAGUAGCAAGAACAAUCUGUCAAGUCACAGACUUUCUUGUUGGUGAGAACGUUGCUCACAAUGUGUUCCUGACCAGAGGAUGUCCGCCUUACGAACACAUACAGAACACGAAGGAUCUUUGUUUAAGAAACGGUGUGAGGGUCGCAGUUUGGCCCAGAAAAUCCUGCUUCGGCGCCAAAGAGGAAUCUGCCUUUAACGUUGCUCUUUGUGAGCUGGCUGGACAUUUACCGUUUAAGAACAAGGAGGACUACGAGUCUGCAACAGAAGGAGAUGUAAUCAGUAUAGUACAGAGAUAUCUUCUACCUGACGACGAGUUCCAAAUGUUGGAACAGAAGCUCUCUGAUCAUUUAUUGGUGUCAUAACAAAUAAUCAUUUACUGACUGUACCUCAAGUCCUACAAUCAGUAUUUCUUUCACCUUUUUAAAGGCAGUUUGUUUGAAACUCAAAAGUCUAUAUUGUGUUUUACCCUUUUGGCCUUGAGCUUUUCUUUGCUGCGGUCAAUUAACAUUAGUCAUGAUCUUCACACCAGAAUCCAAGUAGUGACGAAAGCUUCUGUUUUCCACUGUUGCUGUAUGUGUACACCUCGAUGUACUGAAUGUUUCACUGCCUUUAUUGGCAUAAAGGUUACAGACAUAUUUAGUCAAAUUAAACUAAUACCUGUUUGGUUUAACUGAUUAAUGAAAGUUAUGUCAAAACAAAACAGCAGGAUUGUUUUGGCAUUUCUUCUGUGAAAUCAAGGUUUUUAUCAACUCUGAUGCCUUUUACUGCCUUUUACUGCUAAUAAACACUUUUUUUCUGUC